UGUGGGUUGAAGUAAAGUAGAGAUCACCGGCGUUUACUCAAGUACGCGACAGCUGUGUGACCGGGGACGCGUUCGGCACGUGAAUUUCGUCACAUCACGGUCCCUACGGCCGACGACUCCGCCGCGGUGACCGUGCUUGCCUACAAAGUCCACUAUCCUCUCACUACCACCAUGUCGUCUGCCAGAGUGUUAGGUCUGGGUUCCGCGCUUAGGCAGGCUGCUCUCAAGCCGAGGGCCAAUGCCUUCCGGGUGGUGGUUCCCAAGCGUGGCGUCCAGACACAGUCUCUUCCCCCCUCGGCCAUGAAUGAAAUCCUCAACACGCAACGCCUGAAGCGUCCCUCUAGCCCCCACUUCACCAUCUACCAGCCUCAACUGACUUGGCUCGGCUCGAUUGCCAACCGUAUGACUGGUUCUGCUCUGAGCGUCCUUCUGUACGGAUAUGCCCUUGCAUACCUUGUCGCACCCGGGACGUUCGACUCCGUGCACGUCAUCGAGUUCGUCGCUGGCCUUCCCGACGCCGUCAAAUACACCGGGAAGGCUAUCUUGGCCGCGCCCUUCGCGUUCCACUCGUGGAACGGUCUGCGGCACUUGGCUUGGGACACGGGCAAAUUCCUCAGCCUCAAGGGGGCGUACCAGACUGGUUAUGCCGUGCUCGGGGCUACCGCUGUCACGACUGUCGCGCUCGUCCUCCUGUGAUGUAGCUAUAUUUGUAGACAAUGCACAAGAGGCUGUGAUCCUAGGAUUCGCAUUCACAGGCUGUACUCGGACCUUGACGGCUCGGUGGCAAACCGCAUAAGAAGCCAAUCCCCAUUGUACUGAGGUUCACAGCUUUGACGUUUAGCGCGCUGAUAAUCACUCUUAUAUGCGAACGCUAGCUUUGUCGCUC